AAAAAAAAAAAAAGAGUGACAACUUAUGGUUAUAAGAUGUUUCUACGUCUGGGAAAUUGAAUAUGAUCCCGACCUUUUUGGUCUCAAACCAAUCAAUCUGUUGAAAUCAGAGUAAAAAAUGUGAGGAGAUAAUGAUGAAAAUAAUAGUCGUUGGAUCGAUCGAUUUCUUGUUUUUUUUUUCUUUUUUCCCAGUAUUUCUGCCUUUUUCACGGGAAAUAUUCAUGAAUUUAUCUCCGCUGUAAUCAGCUUUUUUCCGGUAGAUCUGAUAGUUUGUUGUGGAACAAAUAGUUUGUCUAAACGAAGAAUCUGAUCUCUUGUUUCUCUCAGUAUUUCUGCCUUGUCCCAUGAUGAAUUUAUCUCUUCACGACAACGACGACACACGGCAGGGCGGCUGUUUCUUCCCGGAUGAGGAUAUGCAAAACCUUCUAGAACUUCCAGAUAUGAUAAGCUUUCCAGUACCUCCAGAAAUGCAAAACCUGCCACCUCUAGAUAUGAAAGACUAUCCACCACCUCCAGAUAUGAAAACAUUCGUGGAGAUGACGGCACGUUAUGUAGCGGAACACGGCGGGUCUGAGGAGGAGAAGUUUAUCAUUAACGUUAAACUCCAUCAUGAAAGCCUCAACCUCAACUUUCUGAAGAGCUCAGAAGAUCCCUUACAGGGAUAUUAUAAGCAAAAGCUCGCUGAAUACCUUUCUCAGAAACAAGAAGAAGAAGAAGAAGAAGAAGAAGAAGAAGAAGAAGAAGAAGAAGAAGAUGCGUUUUUCACAUUGAACCAAAAAAAACAAAAAAAGAAGAAGAUGUCGGAGCUAAUCAUCAGGAGAAGAAAGUUCUUGUACUUGAGCCUCUUACCGAAUACUAUAGAGCUAAUCUUGAUGAUGAUGAUUAUGAUGAUGAUGGUAAAAUUUAUCUGCCUGAUCGAUCUCCUGGAAGCCAGACUUCCUAAAGGGAUGAAGCGCAAGGAGUUUGAGACUAUGAAGCUCACAGCGCAGUUAGCAGCUUGGUAUGGUAAACGUUUUUGGCUGCCUUUGAGAAAAAGAGCUGGGUUUGAGUUUACCAAUCAAGAUAAUCGCUACUUCCCACGUUUCUUUCGGUUUGUUCUCGAGUAUUCCAUAGUAUUUGCGCCCCCUAAAGAUUUGGAAGAAAAGAUGAGCAAGAGUCACGCUUAUGCAGCAGCCGUGAAAUAUUACAUUUGGAGGCUAGAGAUUUAAGUGAGCAAGGUAUCUAUGCCGUGAGACACGAUUGGUACCAAGUACACAAAAAGCAAGAGCCGGUACUUAUAUUGGUUCGUUUCUGAAAAAAAAAAUUGUAUUGUUUUGUACUUAUACAUGAUUCCACUUUUAGGAUAAGUCAUAAGUGGAUUUGAUUAAAUUUGCUUCUAAUCAUUCUCUAAAGAAAAUAUUGGCUAGUAGAGAAACUGCA